AGGAGGAGGAAGAAGAAGGGAGGGAUGUAUUGUUGACCACAGUUUUCUUGUAAAUGUGUUCUGUGGAUUAGAGAUGCAACACUCUUUAACUAGUAGCUGGUUCGGUCUUGAAAAGAUGAUUUAAAGCCGUGUGGAUAGCUGAAGAUGAAGGAGCCAAUUGGGGUUUCUGCUGUCAUUCUCUUGUUGUCAUUGCUGUGCCAAGCAUGGACUCAGGACUCAGUGACCCACUUAUAUUUCAAUGUGGGGAGUGAGGUCAAGCUGAACUGCAGCAACAUGUCGAAGGACUUGAUGUCGAAGGAGAUUACGUACAUCAUCUGGAGAGUGGGCCUGGUUGGAAACAAGCAGUGUCAGGUGGGCUGGCAAAAGUCUGAGGGUUUAUUAGACACCUGCACUGACGGCAAGUCCCUGCACGGCAUCUCGGAGUCUUGGUCCUACCUGCACAUCCCCAACUUCUCUGAGCGCGACGUGGGCAUAUACAUGUACGAAAUGCCUUUUGCUGGAGGAAUCCACACCUGUAACGUCAGCGUGUCCAUUACAGUUCCUCCCAGUAUCUCCUCCUGGUUAGAGCUGAGGGACAACAACAGCAUGGUGGCCGUCUGCGCAGCGGAGGGAGGAAAGCCGGCCGCCGAUGUCACGUGGCGCCAUGCCGAAAACGAGUCAGCCGUGGUGACGCAGUGGCGUUCCGGUGGAUUGUUCUCUGUAGAAAGUCGCCUGAAAUUACCUGAGGGCCCGACAAACGCGACAUGCGUCAUCAAGCAUCCAUACUGGGAAGCAGAGAAGACGUUGGUACCAAGGCACCGAAAAGGUCUUCUUGAUACUGUUGUGUGCCUUCUCAUAGUUGUGUCAAUCUUGAUGGUCCUAACUGCACUUUUAUUCUUUAUAUACAAAAAGCUAAUCAUGCUCAGAAAUUACUUGAUCACAGACCGCUCGGCAGCCAAACCUGAGCCCGUUAUACACAAACCUGAGAUUGAGGGAGUAGAGGAAGUGGAGCCUUAUGCCAGCUAUGUUCAACGUGUCAACUCCAUCUAUAACUCAUGAUGUGCAAAAAAAAAUAAGCAGUACUUGCACCACUUGACUAGUCAGUGCAUGAAGUCCACUACUCUUGUGCUAUGUUAACUAAACUUGGGGAAAACCGCUGAGAGAAAGUUACACCAUACAUCAAGAAUACACUGGACACAAUUAUGUUUGACCUAUGCGCCGUGUACCUUAAGUAUGUGUCUUAAAUGUAUGUUUACAUAUACUUCAGGUUGCUUGAGAACAUUAAUUGGAAGUAAAAUACAUAUUGUAUCUAUAUACCAUAUCUUUAAAUAUAUUUCUGCAACAUGACAUGCACUGCAGAAAUGUGACGUGUUCUUUUUUCAAUGAGUGUUAUCACCACAGUGUUGUUAUUAAAAAACGUUACUUUUU